AUGGUGAGGUCAGGCAAGCCCGAACUUACUCGCUCACUCGGAAGUCAGCAGCGCCAAUCCCUGCUUGAGUUUAUUGUCCCAGAGCAUUGCCGCUGGCAAAGUGAACUGUGA